UAAGAAAUUAAGUUGGGGGGGGGGUGGAAAUCCACGAUAUUAAGUUUCAUUCACUGUACUCCAAAACAUUCGAGGGCUUUUCACUUAACUACGGCUUCACACACACACAGAUCACUGUGGCCACACAAAAGCCCCCCCCCCCCUCUCUUGGCUGUGAACCUUGAGUCGCGUCCGUAUCCCUCUGCACGGUGUUGUACAAAUAUUUACCGGUACACUACAUACAGCCCACACUUGCCCAGACACCGGUACAAGUGUACAGAACGCUGCAAGUUUGUACGGUGUGUUGGGCAGAAGGAUCGGUGUGGAGAUAUAACAAGCUUGGGCCACACAAAGCAUACACCACCCAACACGCAAGUCCAUGAGCAAAUGAAAUUGCACGCUUUGAGGGAGUCCCGUUUCCACGAUGCGUCUCUUGGACAAGCUUUUGCAGGCGAGGGUGCAGGCCCCGCUGGAGGAGCUGGAGUACCUGGACGUAUCUGACGCACACGUGGGUUGGCUGGAGGAGCUGGGUAACUGUCCCAACGUGCAAGCGCUGCUUGCGAGAGGCAAUGCCCUGCGGGACCUGGACUCGCUGAGUCGCUGCUCACGGCUGUGGCACCUGGACCUGCAAAACAACCAGCUUGAGUGCGUGGCCGGCCUGGGCGUGUUCGUGGCGCUGGGAAGCCUCGACUUGUCCGGAAACCUUCUGCAGUGGCAGAGUCUGCAUAGCCUGCGACCUCUGCACGUCCUGAACUUGAGGCUCCACGGGAACCCGGCUCUGCAGCGCGACCCUCACUACCGCGUCCACGCCGUAGACUCCCUGCCACGCGUCUGGUCUCUGGACGGUCUUCUCGCGACGUCGACCGAGCGCCUGCGCGUGGAGCAGUACGUUCAGGACGCAGCCCUGAGCCCGCGGCCCAUCAGACGGAAGUUUUCCAGGAUGGAGAUCUUUGUGCCAUCGUCCCGUCACAACCUCAUGCAGACAUGCAGCUAUGGCGAACGGACGCUUCACUUCAUGCGAAGAUUUCCCUUGGAGGAGCCACACAACGUGGGUCUGGACCAACGCCGUCUCUCCUAUCUGGCCUACACGGCGCAGGGGCAGGCGCAGCUCGAGUGGUGCAGCACGAAGGGGGAACGCUUGGGCAUCGACGUGACCGGCGCGCUAGAAAGCCUGGUCCACGAGGGACACAAGGAGCAGGAGAGACGCGGCACGCUGCUGGUGCUGCUCACGGCUGCCCUGGAGUUCCAUCUGCCCUGCACUCUGGUCCAGCAGGCCCUCCGGGCCACGGGGCUCAGCCACAUCAGGGAAAUUGACACGAGCGACCUGCUGCGACUCCCACGCAAGGUCCAGUUGCGGGUGGCCAGUCUGCUGCUCAGCGCCGUCCACCUGGGCCGCGACGCUGGCCAGGUAGAGCGACUCGGCAGGUUCUGCGCUAAAAGCAGCGAACGACGAUGGGUUUGCGCGCCGCACGCCCCACUGCCUGUUGCGUUCGCCCCCUUUCGCGUGUGGCAGACGACGGUGGGAUCACGUGACGACAUGCUGCACCUCGCCCUCUACUACGUGCUCGCUGGAAUCGCGUGGCCCAAAGCUGUCGGCCCGAGGAACGGACGGCGUUCUGAUGCGCGCAUGGCGAUGGCGCAACACCUGGCCAUCCUGGCAGCGGAGGCCUGCCCCCUGCUCUGCAAGGCCCCCGUCUUUUUCACCCUGCUGGGGCUUGGCACCGGUGGGAGGAGCGGCGGCGACGCGGGAUUGGAGCGGCUGCUGCGUGUGGCCACAGGAGACCCGGCCGUGUUCACCAACCUGGCCAAGCUCCUCUGCCAAACGUGGGCUGACCAUGAUCGGGCCGACUCUGCCGAUCCUCACGUCCGUGUGUCGAACUUCCUCCUCGGAAAGCUGUGGAGUGGCUGCCUCCCACGCUGUUCCAACCCGGGCGCUCGACACAUCAACCCGCACUGCGUGCUGGUGACGGGGGAGGCUCUGCCCAGGAGGCCGGUAUCCGGCAUCCUUCGCUCCACCGAGACGCUGCACAAGGGCCUGCGGAGCCCCCUCCGCAGAAAGCCACGCACAUGGAGCGCAAUUCCGGCCCUCGCUCAGUCCCGGGAGCGAAGGCGGCCCGCAUUGGGCGACCUCGUGCUGAUGGGCCCUCAGCUAUUGGGGAGGAUUGUGGCACUGCCCAGGCCUGGCGUGGGACUUGUGCUUCUGCAGGCACCUGCAGCACGUGUGGGCGGCUGCUAUCGUGGGCUGCGACUGGCUGACGUAACUUGGGACGCUCACGCUGGCCAGUGGAGGCCCUCAGCCGCGACUGGGGACAGGGUGACUCUGAGCAUCGCCGCACCCUGGGAGGACCGCUCCGUCACCCGGACCGGAACGAACUCGCCCAGAAGCUUCGCGUCUGCAGGCGAGGAUGAUGGAGUGAGGCGGAGCAGCCUAACGGCAAGGAGCGGAGGUCUUGAGUCCGGGUCAGAGACUGGAUCUGGGUCAGCGGUGAGGUUGGGGUCAGCGACCGGAGCGACGGAGCUAAAUUACGCGCCGCUCGUCUCGGAGCAGCAACAGCAGCAACAACAACAGCAGGAGCAGCAGCAGCAGCAGCCCUCAAACUCGCGCGGAGACACGACCCCGCGACACCGCGGCAUGCGACCUUCCACCUCCCGACUGCUCUCUUUUUCCCGGCCAAACACGGCGAGGCGUGGGACCUCCAAACCAAUACCAACACUCCCGGCUCAUGACUCAGCUGACUCCUCCUCGGUCCCAAGCAUCUUGCCUGACCGAUCUGAUCCGGAGACAUGUGCACCAGGAGGGCCUCCCAGCGUCGUCACCCUGCCCGAAGUGGAAGAAGACGAGUCGGGCCAAACGAACCGCGAACCUGGCGGACGAGAGGAACAACGUGUAACGGCGCCAGUGAAGAAUGCUUCUGGAGGCCCCAGAUCAGUGAAUAGCGGUGGUUCGGGAGAUAUUGAUCCAGUGAAAAGCUGUUUAGGAGACCUUGAGCAGGUGGGGACUGGGCCAGGAGACCAAGGGCAAUUACACAGCGUUUCAGGAGAUGCAAGUCCAGGAGAGAACAGUCCAGUAGAUAGUGUUUUAGUGGGGAGUGGUUCAGGAGACCCUCAGCAAAUGGAGAGUCAUUCAAGAGAUACCAUACUGGUGGAGAGCGGUUUACGGAACCCUGGACUGGUGGAGAGUGGUUCAGGCACCAUUGGUCCAGUGGACCGUUUUUCAGGACACCCUGUUCAAGCAGAAAGUGGAUCAGUACAGCACGAGACGAAUGAAAGUGGAAAACCACCCCUUGGGCCAAGAGAAAGUGAGUCACAGCCACGUAGCCCCGACAGGACAGAGGCAGACCAGCUCGCGCAUGGGUAUCCAGGAGGCAGUUCCAAUUACAGCGAUGGGGGUGACCGGCCAAACCACAACACCACCAAAGAGAGGGCCCCAGGGCGAUCAGAUAGUGCCUCAUCGUACCAAGCCCGCCGUGUCGCGAUCUGGAGGCACAGCGACUGCACGCCGCCCGACAGCGAACGGCUUUCGGCUCAACAACGCGCACUCACUCGCAGAGGUGCUCCCGCGCCGAUCUGGAGCCGCCUGCUGCCAGAGGCUCGGAGUGCCGAUUGCGGCGCGAGAUCGGCGUCCGUGCAGGUGGCCAACCAGUGGCUGGAGGGGGGCCUGCGAUCCCUUCGCUCGGCCGAACGGAGGCCGGGUCACGCCCCGCGGACUGCCCAGGAGAGCGGUGCUCCGUCCCCUGCCGCGCGUCGUGGCGGAGAGGCGGGAGACUCGACUCGCGGUCGGAAAGUCGUGAGUUCGUAUCGUGGUCGAGCGUCGAUGCGGGAGGUGGAGUUAUUUUACUCGAUUGUGGAAGAAUAAAUUUUGCCACUGUUUAAUGGAGAGUGAUAUCUUGUCUCUCAAAAUCAAACAGAAUCACGUUUUUUUUUCUUUCCAAAGAGAGAAAUUGAGCACUUUGAUGCGGGUUGUAAUGACAUCGAUAAAAAAUAAGGUAAUUGUUUAUGAUGAAAUUGUUUAAAUAAAGCUUUAUUAACAGAUGAGGAAUGCUGCUCAGACACACAAAAUAAUGAGCACAGUACAUAAAAUAAUAAAAAAGUUUUAUUUUUAAAGUGCAUUUUUUUAACACGCUUGUAUCCUCAAAUCUUGUAACUCAAUUUUAACCCAC